GGAAGGCUGGGGUGUGGAAAAUAAAAGGAAAAGUGCUUUAGCACCAUGUAGACCCCGCGGCCCCGCACCCCGGCACCCCCGAUCUGCGGCCAUGAACGCCAGCAGCGAGGGCGAGAGCUUCCCCGGCUCGGUGCAAAUUCCAGGGGGCACGACGGUGCUGGUGGAGCUAACCCCCGACAUCCACAUUUGUGGUAUCUGCAAGCAACAGUUCAACAACCUGGAUGCCUUUGUGGCACACAAGCAAAGUGGCUGCCAGCUGAGCAGUGCCACGGGUGCCACCGCCAGCACUGUCCACUUUGUGUCAGAGGAAACGGUGCCUGCCGCUCAGGCCCAGACCACCAGCAGAACCAUCACCUCGGAGACCCAGACCAUCACAGUUUCAGCUCCAGAAUUCGUCUUUGAACAUGGCUACCAGACGUAUCUGCCCACGGAGAGCAGUGAGAACCAGGAGGCAGCUGUCAUCUCACUCCCUGCCAAGUCACGUGCCAAAAAGGCCUCAGCCCCACCGGCACAGAAAAGACUCAACUGCUGCUAUCCAGGUUGCCAGUUUAAGACUGCCUAUGGCAUGAAGGACAUGGAGCGCCACCUGAAGAUUCACACGGGAGACAAGCCCCACAAGUGUGAAAUCUGCGGCAAGUGCUUCAGCCGGAAGGACAAGCUGAAGACACACACGCGCUGCCACACGGGCCUGAAGCCAUACAAGUGCAAGGAGUGCGCGUAUGCAGCCGCCGACAGCAGUAGCCUCAACAAGCAUCUGCGCAUCCACUCAGAUGAGCGGCCCUUCAAAUGCCAGCUCUGCCCCUAUGCCAGCCGCAACUCCAGCCAGCUCACCGUGCAUCUGCGCUCGCACACAGGGGACGCCCCCUUCCAAUGCUGGCUCUGUAGCGCCAAGUUCAAAAUCAGCUCGGAUUUGAAAAGGCACAUGCGCGUGCACUCGGGGGAGAAGCCUUUCAAGUGCGACUUCUGCAAUGUCCGCUGCACCAUGAAGGGGAACCUCAAGUCCCACAUCCGCAUCAAGCACAGCGGGAAUAACUUCAAAUGUCCGCACUGCGACUUCCUGGGUGACAGCAAGGCCACCCUGCGCAAACACAGCCGCACGCACCAGGCCGAGCAUCCCGAGAAAUGCUCCGAGUGCAGUUACUCCUGCUCCAGCAAAGCAGCGCUGCGCGUCCACGAGCGCAUCCAUGGCACGGAGCGCCCGUUCAAGUGCAAUUACUGCAGCUUCGACACCAAGCAGCCCAGCAACCUGAGCAAGCACGUGAAGAAGUUCCACGGAGACAUGGUCAAGGCUGACACCUUGGAUAGGAAGGACACGGGCCGCCAGAGUAGCCGGCAGCUGGCCAAGCUGGAUGCCAAGAAGACCUUCCACUGUGACAUCUGCGAGGCGUCCUUCAUGCGGGAGGACUCGCUCCGCAGUCACAAGAGGCAGCACAGCGAGUACCAAGAGGGUAAGAACUCCGAGGUCACCGUCUUGCAAUUCCAGAUCGACCCCAGCAAGCAGCCCCCUGCGCCCCUGGCUGUCGGUAACCUCCAAGUACCCCUGCAGCCCAGCCAACUGCCCUCUUUCAGCGAGGGGAGGGUCAAAAUCAUCGUGGGCCAUCAGGUGUCCCAGGCCAACACCAUCGUCCAGGCGGCGGCCACCGCAGUGAACAUUGUCCCCCCAGCCUUGGUGACCCCCAGCCCCGACGAGCUCCCCGGGAAUGGCCGGCUACAGAUCCUGCGCCAAGUGAACCUGAUCGCCCCACAGCCGGCCCCCGGGUGUCCAAGCGAGCCGGGCACCGUGGCACAGCCGGCCGUGCUGCUGACCACUCAUGAGCAGACGGACGGGGCCGCACUGCACCCCACACUCAUCCCCACCAACCCUGGAGGCCCCCAGGGAGACUCGAACAACCAGACUUUCAUCACCAGCUCGGGCAUUUCUUGCACGGACUUCGAAGGCCUUAAUGCUCUCAUUCAAGAGGGGGCAGCAGAAGUGACGGUGGUGAGCGAUGGGGGCCAUAACAUCACCGUGGCUACCACGGCCCCCCCAAUAUUUUCCUCCUCGUCCCAGCAAGAGUCACCCAAGCAGACUUACUCUAUCAUUCAGGGAGCGGCACACCCAACGCUGCUCUGCCCUGCGGAUUCCAUACCUGAUUAGAUCUGUGACAGAACAGAGGGUCCCCUCCCUCUCCUCUCCCCCCUAAAAAAAAGUCCUAAUUAGAAAGGGGUUUUGCUCUAGGUGUUUUUCAGGCUUGUUUGUUGGAAGCUGUCCCUCCCCAUCCCUAUAAUAAAUUGUAAUUUUAUACUAUUUAACCAUCCUUUUUUUUUUUAACACUGUCAUGAUGUUGAGACCACCUCGGAAGCCGCCCACCGUGUAUAAUGCAGUAAAAUCUUCAACGGCAUCAAGAUGAUGCUGAUGGUGGGUUGGAAUUACAGGCAUUAAGUAGUGAAGGCGUUUGUUUGUUUCCAGCUCGAUUUCCCAACUCUAAUAAAGGGUUUUUCCGACUCAUUAAA